AUGGUUGUUUUCAACUGUAAAUAUCGCGGUAAAUUGUCAAAAGUUGUCAUUGGGAUUCUUAUGUUCAUUUCAAUAAUUUGGUUGCCUAAUAGAUCAGAAGCUAAACUUGUGCGAUUCGAAGAAAGAUCCACAACUGCUCCUGGAAUCUGCAAUGAACGACGUACAUUAAAAGAAAGGUACGUUUGGCAAGAAAUGAUCCCGAUGUCCUUCACUCGUUUUCAAUUUAAAUUUAAAUUCAGAAACUCCAUGAAUUUCGCUCAGUUUACGUGGGCAAAACACGGCUACCUUUGUCUGUCCUCACCCAACUCCAAUCCAGUUGUAGACUUAACAAUAUGUAUGGAUGUUGCAUCUAAUCCAGGACCGGACCACCAAAUUACGCACAGUUUAAAAGUUCUCUAUCUUAAUUCAAGGAGUCUGAAAGCUUUUAUACCUCUUGACGAAACCUCACUCAAGGUAUGCAAGAUAACACUUUUGCAACAACUAGUUCAUGGCGGCGGUUAUGAUGUGGUGUGUAUAUGCGAGAUCUGGUUGAACGAAAGCAUUCCCGACAGUGAAAUACUACCUGGUUACAACAUAUUUCGCAAAGAUCGAGCGAACAAGAUUGGUGGUGGCGUUUUAGUCGGCAUUAAGUCAGACUUGGAAGCAUCGUACCGCCCAGAUCUUGAAAGACCAAACUGUGAGCUUGUCGUUAUACAACUUAAACAAACGAACAGUAAACCGGUGACCCUGUACACCUUCUACCGUCCACCUAACGUUGCACCCGAUGCCUUGCACAAACUGAAUGAUUCACUCCAAAGUAAGUCAGAAAAUGAUGGCGUUGUAGUUGUAGGAGACUUUAAUCUUCCUGGCGUGACAUGGUCUGAGGAUCACACAAUACCAAUGAGCUCAAGAGGACAUAUGGAAAAUGAGCUUUUCUGUGAACUGUUCAAUGACAAUUUUCUUCAACAGCAUAUCACAGGAUCUACGCACCUCGGGGGAAAUAAAUUGGAUUUGCUACUAUGUAACCAACCUGAACUAAUCCGAGAUAUUAGGACGCUGGAUCAUUGUGAUUUCCCCAGUGAUCAUUUUCCAGUCGAGUUCUCAAUUACACAAACUUUCUGUCGAGCUCGUCGUAUCCGACUUAAUGUUUAUGAUUUCAAUCAUGGAAGAUUUCAAGAACUUCGAACGUUCCUACAGAGAACACCGAUUGAAAUGGAUCUCACAGAAAAUAUUGACAAGUGUUGGAUGCAAUGGAAAAGUAAUUUUCAAGCAGCCAUUGAUCAAUUUGUCCCUGUUAAGACGAUAACCAAUAAAAAUUCUCCACCAUGGAUUGACUGUGCGGUUCGAUAUCUCAUUCGAAAGAAAUAUACAGCACUGAGAAAGUACCGUUUGGAUAAGUCAGAUUCUCGGAAAUUGAAACUACGAACAAUCAGUCAAAACGUUAAAAAAUUAAUCAGGCGAAAGCACCGUGAAUAUCUUCAUAAGAUUGAAUCAUCGUUCUGUUCCAAUCCUAAAACAUUUUGGUUUUAUCAUAAAGCUAUGCUUCACAAUUGA